AGUAAUCAGAUGUAGGAGCAGGUCAUCAAUACUUAUAAGUUUCAUGCUAGACUGAUAGUUUGGAGUUUAUCAAAUUCGAAUAAGAGACGGUAUUAUGCUUAAUCUGGCAAUGUGGAUAUACAAUGUGAUAUCCACUGAUGUAUGGAGGUAAUCAAGAUGUAUGACUGCUAAACUGUACAGAUACUUUGACUACUGUUGGAGAAGUGAGAGCUACUGAACUGGUGAAAAAGAAGGUUCUGAAAUUGCAAGAAUAUUUGCAAACUUUUAAGUCAGUCAUGUUUGAUGCGAAGGACCAUUCUAAUCCCCAUCAAGUCCUUUUUCCUAGCACGAAGUUGCACUGCUUGGACGCUCUUAUUAUUUAAUCAAAAACCAGAUCCUCCCUAUCUAUGUUGGAGUAGCUGCAUUUGAUUUGAGAUCAGCAUCACUGCAUCUUUCUCAGUAUAUAGAGACUAGCAGCUCCUAUCAAAAUACAAAGACUUUACUACAGUUCUAUGAACCUAUGGUGAUCAUUGUUUCCCCAAAUAAACUGGCGGAGGAUGGAAUGGUUGGGGUCUCACAACUAGCCGAUAGAGUUUGUCCCUCCACAAAAAAGGUUAUAAUGGCUCGUGGUUGCUUUGAUGAUACCAGGGGAGCUGUACUGGUUAAAGGUUUAGCUGCUAAGGAACUGUCUGCUCUUGGUCUAGACUCAUACUACAAGCAAUACUAUUUGUGCUUGGCUGCAGCAGCUGCAACUAUCAAGUGGAUCGAAGCAGAGAAAGGUGUUAUUAUUACAAAUCACUCUUUGAUGGUUACUUUUAAUGGAUCUUUUGACCACAUGAACAUUGAUUCCACCAGUGUUCAGAACUUGGAGAUAAUUGAGCCUAUGCAUUCUUCUCUUCUGGGGUCAAACAACAAAAAGAGAAGUUUGUUCCACAUGCUUAAAACAACUCGAACUAUUGGAGGGACUAGACUUUUGAGGGCAAAUCUUUUACAGCCUCUGAAAGACAUAGAGACAAUUAACACUCGACUCGAUUGCCUGGAUGAGUUGAUGAGCAAUGAGCAGCUAUUCUUUGGCUUGUCUCAGGCCCUUCGUAAGUUUCCGAAAGAAACAGACAGGGUCCUUUGUCACUUCUGCUUCAAGCCAAAGAGAGUUACUAAUGACGUCUUGGCUUCGGAUAAUGGAAGGAGGAGCCAGAUUAUGAUAUCCAGCAUAAUUCUUCUCAAAACAGCUCUCGAUGCUUUACCCUUACUCUCCAAGGUUCUUAAAGAAGCCAAGAGUUGUCUGCUUGGAAAUGUGUACAAGACCGUAUGUGAGAAUGAAAAAUAUACUUCAAUAAGGAAAAGAAUUGGAGAGGUGAUUGAUGAUGAUGUCCUUCAUACACGAGUUCCUUUUGUUGCACGGACACAGCAGUGUUUUGCUGUUAAGGCCGGAGCAGAUGGGCUUCUUGAUAUGGCUCGACGAUCAUUCUGUGACACCAGUGAAGCUAUACACAGUCUCGCAAAUAAGUAUCGUCAAGAUUUCAAACUGCCGAACUUGAAGAUCCCAUUCAAUAACAGGCAAGGGUUUUACUUUAGCAUUUCACAGAAGGACAUACAGGGAAAACUGCCCGGCAAGUUCAUCCAGGUCGUGAAACAUGGAAACAAUAUCCAUUGCUCGAGUCUUGAACUUGCUUCAGUGGCUAUCUUAUCUUUGCUCAUAGAUGCGGUGGUUUUUCUUCAUUCACAGUUGAAUGUGAGGAACAAGUCUGCAGCUAAAGAAUGCUGGUUGAGGACUGCACUUUGUCUGGAAGCAUUAAUGGAUGCAAUACGCGAGGAUGUCUCUGUGCUUACUGUUCUUUCCGAAGUUUUGUGCCUUUUAGACAUGAUGGUAAAUUCAUUUGCUCACACUAUAUCAACGAAACCAGUUGAUAGAUAUACUAGAGCUCGUUUUACAUGUGAUGGCCCAUUGGCAAUUGAUUCUGGACGGCACCCCAUUCUGGAAAGCAUACACAAUGAUUUCAUUCCAAAUGGCAUCUUUCUUUCUGAAGCAUCAAAUGUGGCUAUUGUAAUGGGCCCAAACAUGAGCGGAAAAAGUACUUAUCUUCAGCAAGUUUGUUUAAUAGUCAUCCUUGCUCAAAUUGGUUGCUAUAUUCCUGCUCGAUUUGCCACUUUGAAGGUGGUCGAUCGUAUUUUUACAAGGAUGGGAACAAUGGACAGUCUCGAAUCAAACUCUAGCACGUUCAUGACAGAGAUGACAGAGAUGGCUUUUAUCAUGCAAAACGUUUCCCAUAGAAGUCUGAUUGUUAUGGAUGAAUUGGGGAGGGCAACUUCAUCCUCUGAUGGUUUCGCAAUCGCGUGGAGCUGUUGUGAGCAUCUAUUGGCACUUAAAGCGUACUCAAUAUUUGCUACACACAUGGAAAGUCUAUCAGCGCUAUCCACCAUGUAUCCAAAUGUGAAAAUUCUUCAUUUCGAUGUUGAUGUGAAGAAUAACCGCAUGGACUUCAAGUUUCAACUUAAGGAUGGGUCACGCCACGUGCCACAUUACGGCCUCAUGUUAGCGGGGGUAGCUGGAUUACCAAGUUCAGUAGUUGAGACUGCCAAAAGAAUCACAUCUAGGAUCACAGAGAAGGAAAUGAAGAGAAUGGAGGUGAAUUGCAGACAGUAUGAGGACGUACAAUUGACUUACCGUGUAGCUCAACGGCUGAUGUGCUUGAAAUAUUCUGAUCAGGAUGAAGAUUCUUUAAGGGAGGCUCUGCAGAACCUUAAGGAAAGCUAUGUUGGUGGAAAGGCUUUAGAUAAGUAGAACGAUUUAUUCCUCAUAUAUAUUUCAUCUAACAUCAACACUGUGAUCUGAAUUUUUGAAUCCAUCUGGAAAUCUUGGACUAAGAAAAUGGUACUUUGAGAUAACUACUAAAAAGCAAGUGGAAUUCUAAAUGUCUGAUUGUGUAAGGGUUCUUGAUCUCUCAUGGAGGGCCUAUUUUGAAUAAAAUUA